GCUAGCUAGGCAAGAAAAGCAAGGGUGUAGCAGUCAGAUAGCGUGUCUCAUGGGGUUUGCAUCAUGCAAAGGAUCUGCAGAUGAGGCGAGAACCGCGCUGCACCUGCUCCCCAGCGCAUUUCCCCGGCAUUGCCCAGCACCGGCUGUUGCCUUCGACCCGUUCUGCCCGGCCUCCCUAUCUCGGCACCCACUCGGGAGAAGGAGCUGCGGGGCAAUUCCACGUAAGCCCCAGCUCUGAGGAAGGAAAAAGACGCGACUGAACUGGGGCGUUCCUCACUCGCUCCGACCUGAGAACAGCGGUAUCCCACGAGGGCGCUGCCCGCAGCCGCCCACCCCCCAGUGGGGGCGGGACAGCCCAGCCCACGCGGGGCCGGGCCGCCUCUUCGAGCCGGAGCAGCGUGCUGAGCCGCACCGUGCGGAACCGGGAACCGCCGGAGCUGGAACUGGUCCCGGUGCCGGUCCCGCGGCCGCGCCCGCCGCUGCUGGGGGAGGCGGUGUCCGCGCCGCACCCCCGCGCCCCGCCCGCCCCCGGCAGCAGCGGCGGCAGCCUCAGCACCUCCGACAGCUCGAGCAGCAGCUCCAGCGGCAGCAGCAUGGACCUCUCCUUCAUGGCCGCGCAGCUUCCUGUUAUGGGAGGAGCCUUUAUGGACUCGCCAAAUGAGGACUUUAGUACAGAGUACUCCUUGUUUAACUCAUCAGCCAAUGUCCAUGCAGCUUCUUCCAUGCAGAAUCCACCAGAAGAAACAUCCCGAUCUUCAAACGAUGCCAUACUGUUAUGGAUUGCAAUCAUAGCAACAAUUGGAAAUAUUGUGGUUGUGGGAGUGGUGUAUGCCUUCACCUUCUAGGAUGCCUGUCACUCCAAACACUGGAAGAGAGGAUAACUGCAACAGUAUUUGUCAUGUGUAUGUGUGUAUAUAUACAUGUAUAUCUAUAUAAAUACAUAUAGAUAGGGACUUUGUUGAUUAAGUACUGCCACAAUCACAGAAAAGAAAUGCAAGUUAAUCAUCGUGAAUUUUGAUGGGAGAAAGUUUGGAUGUGAUGGCAAACUAUAUGGAGGUGAGAGCUCUAAUAGAGAAUAGCGCCAACACAAGUUUUGUGUGGAAAUAUAAUGAAAGACAUACCAGUGUGAUUAGAGUGGGUACAAAAAGAAAGUGAGAUUUAUACAGGAAGUGCUUAUUUUCUACUGUUGAGAUUUUUCUAGCAGCUUUUCUGGAUUUUGUCAGAUUUUUGUGCAUUUUUUUACUGUGGUAUAACAUUGUAUGGAAUUGUUGUAUGUCAUAGUUGCUAAACAUCUUAGUUUUCCAGAUGGAGUAAGAGACAGGCAUUGACUCAGUUCUGAUGCAGUACAAGUUCAUUGUGUGUGCAUCCUAGCACUUGCAUACACUAAGCUGUGUUUGAAAUCAUGAGUCUUAACAUUAUGACAGGCAGAUGCAUGCUACUGACAAACACUUGCCUUUCAGUAUCAGUGACUGGAUAUGAUAAUCUAGGAAUUGAUGCUUCACCUGGCUGCUGUUUGCAGGAGGAGGCACAGUUAUUAUAAAGUGUGACUGGAAUGGGGCAGCACAGGCUCCUAUUUCUGUGUAGAGAUAUUGGAUUGCAAUGACAACAGCAGUUUACAGAUGAUUCUCAUCCAGGAACCAAAGGACAAAUAUCAUGCUUUCAAGGUUAUUUCAUUGUAAUCCAGGUUUUCCACAGAAAUCAUACCUUCAUAAGCAUAGAGUUGUAGCAAAUGAACAUGGGGAAAUUGUGAAGCCUAAUUAACAGUAAGAGGUGUCUAUGAAAAAAGUUUUAUUGAAAGAAAGAUGAGACAGAUACUUCUCUGCUCACAAGGGAGUGAGUACAAGAGUCAGGUAUACGCUGGGUAGAAAUAGCACAGAAAGGUAAUAUAUGGCAGGUACACAAGUACCUGUGUCUCAAUCCUAGUAAGUCUCUGGGUUCCGGUGAGGCUCCUGGAAGUGGCUUUUAUGGAGCCUUCUUUAAGUAACAACUUUGAUCAUUGAAUUUUUUCUAUUGGGGAACAUUUUCACUGCAUUAUUCCCAUGAGCAGUUCCUUUUCAAAACAAGUUGUAGCCAUCCUUGUUUCAGAGAUUGUAAAAAUCCCAAGGGAAGAGGAAAAACAAAAAAAUCACUUUUGUUGGAAAUCUCCCUCUUCCUCCUACAAAAAGAAAAAAAAACAAUCUAGCAAAAAACCAAAGUAUUUGAACUUUGAGACAGUACAAAAGAAACUCUUGCUCCAAAUCUAUAUGUACUGCCUUGUACAACUACUAUGCUAAUUCCAGAAAGCCUUGUCUGAAGGCACAGAGUCUAUUUUUGACACUUCCCCACUACUGAGCCUGAGGCUGGACUAAGAGAUGGCAAAUUCAUUGGGAAGUUUGAAUUUACCUUCUUUUCUCUUUAAACUCAUUUCCCUUCAGGGCUAGUGGACAGUUAGUUGAAUCAAAGCAGCAUGCCCCAAACUGGCGAUCAGAAUCACUCCUAGUCACUGUGUGUAUUUUUUUCCUGUCUUUGUGAACUUGCUUUUAAAGCUGGAAAGAUGCAAAUAGCUAGCAAGAGAGAAAAAUAGAAUAACUUAUCCUAAGGAUGAGAAAUCCAAUGACAGCUCACUUGAGAAACUGAGCUUCUGUGUGUUUAGAUAUUUUCCUGUUUGGAGGAAUUCUGUGAAGAUGGUUGAGGACAGAAGAGAUCUGUUCUGAGAAAAAUCUUGAGUACAGUCUGGAAGCUUAGCCACACAAAGAAAAUUAUAAUAAAAUAGCUAUAGUCCUAACACAGUGUUGCAAAAACAGUGCUCUUCACUGUCCUAAAGUAGCUGUUUGCCCCUUUGUAGGUAGACAAUAAUAAAAUUUUGAAUAUAGGUAAACUGUAUAACUUGUGUACCUGUCCUGUUCUUCAAUGCUUCUUUAUCCUCUCUGAGCAGAAAGCAAACUGUUAAGUGAGGGUGGAAGGCUGCAGAGGGGUUUUGAACAUGGAAUUGAGCAGGACAAGAUCUGCUAUACAAACACAUAGGACCCACGGAAACAUCACGUAAAGUAUAAUUUUCUGAUAUUCUGUUGCUUUUGUAAUUGGAUCAAUUACUUACGAACUUCUCUUCAGCAUUUCAGUAGGCUCUGUAGUUACGCCAGAACCUGCAAGCACACGAACAGAAAAACAUUUUUCACCAUGAUUAAAACCAAUUUGACAAUAAGAUACUUGCCCAAUGAGGUUAUUCUACUGCUAAGUAACUUUGCCAUUGGAAUGCUUUGUUUAAAUUUCAUAGAAUAUUAAUCUAAGUGCAAUUAGCAGCGUUUGCAUUUUUUCUCAGAGCACUGGGCUAAAUUCUUCACCCAUGACAAAAUGCAUAAGAGGGAAGAGCAAAGAGCAAAGAACCACCACUCUGCUAAUGAACCCGAGUGACACUGUUGUGUUGUUUUUCCAAACAGAGUGCCUUACUCUCAUGUGAAAUUAAUAGUAAUUGCAGGAGUGUUGGAAAACAAUGCAUUCUGACUCCCUAAUCCAGAUCGUCCUCAUGCAUACUUUCAUCAUUAGAGGCUGAGUUGUCAAAAAGGGCCAGACAGAACUUCAAUUAAAGUAAUUGGCUUGACAGUGCGAUAGAAAAACAAGGUGCAGGCAGCAAGCACAAGCAACUCCUAUAUUGUAGUUAAAGAUGUUAACUGUUCUGUCAGUUUCUUGCUGCAAAAAAACAAACAAACAAACAAAAAAAAAACCACACCAAACAAAACAAAGUGAAAUAUCUCUAAGAUUCAGGUGCAAGGAUACAGCAUGCAAGAGUAUACACAGAAUACUGUCAAGCAUGUAAGAGAACCCUAAAUUAAAGCAGGCAGAGCUGGUUCAGAUUCUGGUCAGUUGUGAUAGCGAUAAUAUACUGUGUGUUUCUGAGUGUUGUGUUCUGGCUCGAUCCACUACAGUCACUUAAUCUCCUAGAAGAAUCAGGAAGGUUAAAAUUCAAGCAUUUAAAAAGGAGACUCAUCCAUCAUUAAGUGCAGCUAAACCACAGAGGGGAGUGAGGAAGAAAUGGUGGCUGUUUCAGAGAUACGGUCCUUUGAAAUGUGCUAUUACUUCCUCUUUAUGCAAGUGUAAUUUAUACCCUGAACUGUCACCUCAGCUUGACUUGGAGUGCUGCAGCUGCUCCUUUCCUUGGAGCCCAGCAUCUGGAGAAGUGUUAUCUGCCACUGAGGGAUGAUGAGUAAACCCAAAUACACUCCCCAGAGCUGUACUGUAAAAGAAAAGUUGAAGAGGCUUCUGUGCUUUGCUGAGUAUUUUGUGCAUCAGCAUCAGAGCAGGAUUCCACUUGUAGAAGAUCUAUGCUUCAAAUAAAAGCAUUUAACACAGAGAACAGUUACAAGAGUCUGAUCGGAGUUUGUUUUGUAGCAGAUAAAGCAAAACUGUCUGCAGUACUAGACCCCUAGCUAUGCUGUAAGCACAAAAGCAAUACUCCGCUCUGCAGUGUUAGUAAUGAUCCCCAGGAAGCAGGGAAACAAACUGGAUGCCCUUUGUGCCUUUUCUAGCCAUGGCCCCUAGGGAUCUGUGACAACAUAUCAAAUAAUCAAACUGUCACUUAGGAAUUUUAUUUUAGUCUAAGCAUCCAGCAGAUCAAUGCGGCUGCUGUGCAGACACUGCAGCAAGGAGACCAAAGGCUGAGCACUCAGGGAGGUAGGUGCAAAGGGACAUUAGAUAGGACUGGGUGAGGAAACACACACAGCCAUUCCUGUUAUGGUUUUAUCUCUAGGUCUAGCUGUCUCUGCUUGUCCUCAGCAUUAAUAUCUCCAAAAAUAAAAUGAGGGAGAGAGAUGUAUUUUCCUGUCAACACAUUUGCAAAAUCAAGCAACAGAUUUUGAAACUGAUACAACAGCAAUAGCAGAGGCACUAAUCUUCACUGAUCGAUGUAUUCAGCAAUUUAAAUGAAAAAGUGAGCUGAUAAUUACCUUGAAAGUAAGGAGGUCCCCUCUCCAAAAUUCUUGUUUGCAGUGGGACUUGAGGGUCAUCAGCAUCCCAAACUGCUGAGCAGCCUGUAAUAACAAAUCCCCAGGCAAGAGCAAAUAAAUAGAAUCAUAGAAUCACUAAGGUUGGAAAAGACCUCCAAUAUCCUCCAUUCCAACCAUCCACCUAUCACCAACAUUUCCCAUUAAACCACAUCCCUCAGUACAAUAUCUAAACGUUUCUUGAACGUCUCUAGGGAUGGUGACUCCACCACCUCCCUGGGCAAAAUAGAAGUAGCCAGACAUUGUAUUCCAGCCAUGUACAUUUGUUUGGAGUUAAAAGGGAAAAUCUGUCUUUGUGUCUAGGACCAAACUGAAACAGGAGUCUUUGGUCUGUAGGUUGUUAUGCAUUUUGUCUAUUAUUAUAAGCUUUCUUUUUGCUGUUCUCAAAACUAUUCCAGUUCUUAAUAUCCUCUUCACAUCACUCUGCAGGGUGCUGAGAGCUAUUAAUUUCAUGUAGCUCUUUCAUUUAUACAAUGUAAUUUUACUAGGUUUCCUGUGGCUAAUCACAGAGCAGAAUCUAGAAAAUUAUUCAUUCUAAGGCAGAUUUCCAUUAUUGAGAGAAAUAGGCUGAAAAUCAGAAUUGUAGAUCAAAAUGCUUCUAUGUUUUUGGAGCACUCAAAAGCUCUGGUAACUGGAUUUCAUCUGGCUAAUGCUCAGAAAGAAAAAGGGCAAUCAGGUCUCUGAUGAUAAUGUCAGACAUCAGGGUUCUGUCAAGCAAAGCUUAGUGCUUCAUUAACUUAUCAUUUGCCCCUCUGAGCCCUUCUGCCUUCCUGCACAUGCAGUCUAAGCUGAGUUUAAGUGAGCUAGCUGUCAGGUACAGCAUGUCCCUCCUCUCUUAGAGCUUGCUCAUACUCAAGGAAAAGACUAUUUAUUCCCUUAGUAGAAGAGCAGGGAUCAGUAUUCUGUUAGGAAUGUUGUUACUUGGUACACUCAUCAGUCAUCAUAAGAUGAAGACCAGGAUGGUUUAACAAGUAGUUAGCCCUUUGUUGCUGAUCUGGGAACACCCUAGAGAACUCAAAACAUCUCGAGGUCUUAAAGUCUUCUAAUGCCCUAGAUCUGAUUUUUGUCUUUCCUCAUACAGCUCCUCUUUGCCUUUGUCUUUCUAACUCAAGACAAUAAAAAUGAAGUCACCUCUAUGCUUGUGCCUGGACAUACAGGGAAAUCCUAGCAGGUUGGAACCAACUGUGUCUCAUUUCAGUCUGGCACUUCUAGCACAAAGUAGAAGAAAAGACUCCAGUUGUCUCUCCAGAAAUCUCUAGGGAAAUAUGUGUCUCUGCAUGGUAUGGCGAUUUUGUCAUUCUGGCAUGUUAGUACCAAGGGAAAUUCCCAUUCAUAUGAACACAGCCAGUGGUUCCAUCUUUUUGGUACAACUUGGGAUCAUUAUGCCACCCACUCUUACCUUUCCAGUGAAAGCUGCUAGUGAAGACAGUUUUCAUUUGUAGAAAAUACAUAGAAAGCUUCUCAUUUUGCUUGAAUGCAUGCAAGAAUCACCUUCUGAAGUGCUGCUUAGUCUCCUACAAAACCAAAAAAAACACCAACAAUCUGGAUUGUUACACAAGGCAUGUUAAUAAGUCAAAUGUCAUCUGUACAGUAGCAGCACCUCACUUUGAUCUACAGCUUUAUGCCAGUAAAUCUUAAAGGCAAUCUCAUUAUUACUGACAAUUAACAGAAGUAGAAAACAGAGACAAAUCAUUUUUCAGGAAUGUCUCAGACACCACUUUGUUCCUCACCUUCCCAAAGUAUCCUGAUGUGAACUCUCAUCCAUCACUUUAAAAUCAGUUGUCACAAUGUGUCUCCACACCUUCAUUUUAUUUCUCCCCUUGUCUUCUUUUCAUUCUCUGACAUCAGAGCACACGAGUGUUUGGAUGUCAGCAAUGUUCUUCAGCCAUUCGUAACAACCUCUGGUGACCUUCAUAGUAACAUUAGACAAAGAUCAGUAAAAUAAGGUCCCUUCCAGUAGCAGAUAGAUCUUAGUCGUUAUCUACUUCAGCAAACUGCAGUGUAUUUCCCCCAAGCAGAAGAGCAGAACGCGACCAUUAAGCUUUCCACCUGUAUCAUCCAGUAUCCAUAUAACACAAAGGUAACUCUUAGAAAACAUAUAUAUAUAUAAUUUUUAUUUAUUUAUUUAUUUUACAUUUCCAUAACAUUUCCAUUUCCAUACAUUUACAUUUUGCAUCAUUCUGCAUUUACUGAGUUUUCUCCAACCCCAAGUGCCUUGCUUUUCUUUGCAAAUCAGUAUCAUUGGCAAAGUACUUAGGGUAAAGAUAAGGGCACUGAAAGCAGUCAGUAAAAAAUACCAUACACAGAAGAGUUGGAAAGCCCUGUAUGAUUUAUUGUAGGGUCAAGGCCCUGAACCACAGGCUAUUCAGUAAAGAAAAACAAGCACAAUGUGCUGAGCCAUUGGUAUUUCAAAUCUAGUGACACCUGUACUUCUCAGAUGCGUGAUAAAGCUGCUACAAUCAGAUUAAGCAUUUCUAAAUCUUAUUUUUAAACAAAGUGGAGUGUAGUCCUUAAGAACUGAAAAACACUGAACAACUUUCCCUCAGUCUAUGCUUGUUCUGGUAUUGAUUUGGGAGCUUCCUGAGCUGAAGUCACCAAGGUAUGUUGUGUUUCCUGAGAAGCUCAGUCCUAAUAGUGAGUGAGAUUAAGCUAUUUACAAUUCUAGACCUAAAACACAUUUCAGUCGCUGCCUUCACAAGGAAGCUGAUGUUCUCAAGCCUGCAAGCUGCUCUUUGCAGAGGGAUCUUUGCCUCCACCUGGAGUCAACUGGAUUAAUAACACUUCUUCACUUCUGACACCUUCUUCAGUGGUUCAACUUGCAGGACUAGCUCUGGGUUGCUGGCUUUUCCUUUUUUCUUCUUUUUUUUUUUUUUUUUUUUAAUUUUAAGCACAUCUAACGAUGUUCAUGCUUCCCUAAUCAAAAGAAAGCAAGCAGAGUGCUGUAUUUUUUUAAAUGAGAAUAAAAGACGAGUCUGAGUAUUUUGAUAGAUUUGCAGGAAAGGUAUAUAAUGUAGCAAACUGUUGCACUAUUUUUUCUAUUGUCUGAGCAUGAAACCUGAAAAAUAUUUUGUUGUUUCUCUAAUCCUCUAACUUCUCUUUCAGUUAUGAAGUUACAAAGGUUUGGAAGGAAUGGAGUGUAGAGCCUCAAUGACAUUUAAACUAAUGUAAAUAAAUCCAGUAGCUAGCUUUAAGAGGUAGCCUAUACCACUUGCUUUUCAGUUCUCAUCUCAAAUGUUGCCUGUUUGUGUUUUGUUUUCCAAAAUAAACUUAUUAGUAGCACUUCUGAAAAAACAUCUGUACUUCACACAAAACUCAAAGUUAUUUGGAAAUGACAUCCUCCUUCAGCUCACAUAAAGAAAAGCUUACAGGAGCCAUUUAGAAUGCACUGUUAUUUUUCUUAAUAAUACUGGACAGUUUAAUCUCUUGUUCUUUGUCUCUGCUACCUUGUUUUCUGCACUAACACAUUUGCUGGAUUUCUUUGUAUGUUUUUUUUUUAAUAUAUGGGAUGGUUUAAACAAAAGCAUUUACUCUUGUAAUAAUUGUUCUUGAAAUGUGGAUCUCUAUUUGUAAAGAGAAAAACAACUUAAAAAAAUACCCUCUGUUUUCUCUAAGUAUACUGGAAUUAGCAAGUUUAGCUAACAGAACUGUAUUCUUUUCAGCUCCUGUUAUAUUCUUAUCCAGUUAUUGACUGCUUUCACUACAUAUGUACUUGGUACUGGUUCAUUCUUUUACUAUGAUAAAAUGACAAGUUUUGUUAACAUCAGGUGGAACUGUGUUUUUGGAUAAAGUUCUUCAAAUUGG